CACAAAAAUCUAAAAAUUAGCCUCACUGUUUUAGGUAAUGCUAUAAUCAGAGGACGCUAAGAAUUGGCAUAAAAUUAACUGAAAUAAAAAUCGAAUUUUUUUGUAAACAAUUAGUAGGUUUCUAAAGGAUUAUUUAACUUUUAAUUCUGUCCCAUCAUACCCGGCAGAAGUUUUCCGCCAUCUUGUUUAUUUUCAUGACAUGAGGUGAUCUAACCGUGCGAGGAAUACAGGAUAGUUAUUUGUGAGAACUUAUUAAUCGGUGAGCAUUAAACUAAAUUUGCUGACUUCUUUUUGGUUUGUAAAUCCGGUGUUCGGGUGUUGAUGCCUUCCCCUUAUAGGGGGGUUGACACCAGCAGACAUUGGGCGAAUCGCGAGCAAGUAUUUUAAAGUGAGUGUGUCUGGAAAGAAUUUGGCAACUGGCUCGGGAAAGGAGAGAACUGUAAUUCACAUUAAAUCGAAGAAAAUUAAGGAAAGCUUCUAUUGUCCUGUUUCUAAUAUGAACCAUUUAAACCAAGUUGUUUAUGAUAAACAUUGUCACCUUUCAGAAUCGGAGGAAAUGGACACUCGUGAAGAUGAUAAUGGACAAGUCCAAACUGAUAUUGGUGAAAAUGAUGAGCGAUACCUAAAUGGUGAUAUUACAGAAAAUAGUGUAACAAAUCAAGAAGAAGCUAUGGAAGAUGAAGAUGAAGCUCGCUCCUCAGCAACUCUGAGGUUUGUUGUUCCCAAUUUUAGCAGAUUAAAGGAAACAGCUUUAAGUCCUCCCACAUACAUUCGAAAUUUACCAUGGAAAAUCAUGGUUAUGCCUCGUACUACUCACGGCCAGGAUAGACAACCCACAAGAAGUUUAGGUUUCUUUUUACAAUGUAAUGGAGAGUCUGACUCAUCAACAUGGUCUUGUAAUGCUAUAGCUGAUCUAAAGCUUAUUUCACAGAAAGAAGGAGUGGAAAAUUUCUCUAGAAAAAUUCAACACCUUUUCUACAGCAAAGAAAAUGAUUGGGGCUUUAGCCAUUUUAUGACCUGGAGUGAUGUGCUUGAUCCUGAGAAAGGUUUUAUAAAGGAUGACACAGUUAUUCUUGAAGUGAGUGUGAGUGCUGAUGCCCCACAUGGUGUAAGUUGGGACUCAAAAAAGCAUACAGGUUAUGUUGGUCUAAAAAAUCAAGGUGCUACAUGCUAUAUGAACUCGUUAUUACAGACAUUAUUCUUCACUAACAAAUUGAGAAAAGCAGUUUACCAGAUACCCACAGAAAGUGAUGAUUCUUCCAGAAGUGUUGCAUUGGCAUUACAAAGAGUAUUCUAUGAACUCCAGUUUUCUGAUAGGCCUGUUGGUACAAAAAAACUCACUAAAUCUUUUGGGUGGGAAACUUUAGAUUCUUUUAUGCAACAUGAUGUACAAGAAUUGUGUCGUGUUCUUUUAGAUAAUAUGGAAAGCAAAAUGAAAGGAACAUGUGUUGAAGGAACAAUUCCCAGGCUUUUUGAAGGAAAGAUGACGUCUUUCCUCCGUUGCAAACAUGUAAAUUACACCUCCAGUCGAAAAGAACCAUUCUAUGACAUACAGUUAAAUGUCAAAGGAAAGAAAAACAUCAUUGAAUCAUUUAAAGACUACUGUGCGACAGAAACUUUGGAUGGGGAAAAUAAGUAUGAUGCUGGUGAAUAUGGUCUCCAAGAAGCUGAAAAAGGCAUUUUCUUCUCUUCUCUACCUCCAGUGCUACAUCUGCAUCUUUUGCGGUUUCAAUAUGAUCCACUUACAGAUCAGAACAUAAAAAUAAAUGACAGAUUUGAAUUUCCUGAAAAGCUUAAUUUGGAAGAAUUCUUAAAGAGUGAAGAGGAAACUGAUCCUCCUGUGUAUACAUUACAUGCUGUUUUAGUCCACAGUGGAGAUAACCAUGGAGGCCAUUAUGUAGUUUUUAUUAAUCCUAAAGGCGAUGGCAAGUGGUGUAAGUUUGAUGAUGAUGUUGUCUCUCGGUGUUCAAAACAAGAAGCUGUUGAUCAUAAUUUUGGUGGGAAUGAAGAUGAUAUCACUGUAAAGCAUUGUACAAAUGCCUAUAUGUUGGUUUAUAUAAGAGACAGUGCAAUAGCUGAUGUUUUACAACCAGUGACUGAACAAGAUAUUCCUGAUCAGUUGGUUGAAAGGCUGUCAGAGGAAAGGCGCCAAGAAACUCUCAGGCGUAAGGAACGGAAUGAAGCUCAUUUAUACAUGACUGUACAAAUUGUUACUUCUGAUAGCUUUUGUGGCCAUCAAGGAACAGACCUGUUUGACCCAGACAAAAUAAAUUAUAGGUGUUUUAAAGUAAAGAAGAUGUCAACCCUGAGAGAUUUCAUGGAACUUGUUGCUGAGCAAAUGAAAUACCCUCUUGAAAUGAUACGGCCUUGGCCACUGAUAUACCGAACGAAUCAGACUUGUCGACCAGUGGCUGUUGACUUAGAAGUAGAUUCUAAUAAAAGUAUCAUAGAUAUUGCUGAUAGUACUAGUCCAUGGACAAUAUUUUUAGAAACCGUUGAGCCAGAUUCGGGGCUGCCCUGUAUUCAGGAAUUUGAUAAAGAAAGUGAUGUACUACUGUUUUUUAAAUUAUAUGAUCCUAAAAAUAAAAGGAUGUCUUACUGUGGUCACACUUAUAUGUCAAUCAAUUCUCGAGCACGGAGCUUAGUCCCAAUAUUAAAUGACAGGGCUGGUUUCCCCGAAGACACAGAAUUAAUGCUUUUUGAGGAAGUGAAACCUAAUGUCGUUGAGCGCAUUGAAAACAUAGAUUUACCUCUUGAAAAAGUCCUGGACGAGUUGAUGGAUGGUGACAUCAUCGUUUUCCAAAGAGCUGAUAUAAAUUUUGCUGAUUGUGAAUUACCAACAGCAAAAGAAUACUUUCGUGAUCUAUUUCAUAGAGUUGAUGUAACUUUCUGUGAUAAAACUAUUCCUACUGAUCCUGGUUUUACAAUAGAACUGUCUUUGAAAAUGAAUUAUGAUCAGAUGGCCCAUGCAGUUGCUCAGAGAUUAAAUACAGAUCCUUAUUUGCUACAGUUUUUUAAAACUACUAACUAUAGAGAUGGUCCCGGUGCUGCCUUACGAUGUACAUAUGAAGGAACACUGAAGGAACUCUUGGUGCCUGUUAAAGCUAGACAACCCAAAAAAAUUUAUUACCAGCAGCUUAAUAUUAGAGUUAGUGAAUUAGAAAACAAAAAGCAAUUCAAGUGUACAUGGGUUAAUAGCAAGUUAAAAGAAGAGAAAGAACUUGUAUUAUAUCCUAGCAAAAAUGGUGUGGUAGCUGACCUAUUAGAAGAAGCCAAGAAACAAGUGGAAUUGUCUGAAAAUGGUUCUGGUAGACUUAGGUUAUUAGAAAUUAUUAGUUAUAAAAUCUUUGCUGUUCAGCGAGAAGAUAUGCCUUUAGAUUCACUUGCUAAUGCUGGUACAAAGUCCCUGAGGAUUGAAGAAAUACCUGUUGAUGAGUUGGAAAUUGCAGAUGAUGAAUUGCUAAUACCUGUUGCUCAUUUCCAAAAGGAAGUCUUUUCUACAUUUGGUGUGCCAUUUCUUUUGAAAAUUAAGCAUAAAGAGCCAUUCCAAAAAGUCAAAGAGAGGAUACAGAAGAAGUUGGAAGUGCCCGAUAAAGAAUUUGAGCGGUAUAAAUUUGCAAUCAUUGUGAUGGGUAGACCACAGCCUAUUACUGAUGAAAUGGACUAUUAUAUUAAUUUACCAGAUUUUCUACCACAUCCACAAACUGGUAAUGCUGUUCAGCCUAGACCUUGGCUUGGCUUAGAACAUAUAAACAAAGCUCCAAAGAGAUCAAGAUAUAAUUAUUUGGAAAAAGCAAUUAAAAUUCAUAACUGACAGAGGAAUAUUAAUUCUUUAGAAUUAUUGUUGCAUCAGCUUUCUCCAGCCUUGCAGCUCCUCUGCGGCUGCGACCCUUCUCUGCUGGACAAAUGUGCGUUCAGUCUUUCAUCAAUGUACAAACAUUUACGCGUUCCCUCCUGUGUUGAGUAGAAAGAAAAGAUGGGGGAAUAACAACCAUUUGGAUAUACAAUCGCCAGCAAUUUUCGUUGUUGGACGUUUCUGUGGCCUUUGUACUCUCCCAGAUGGAAAUGUCCAUGGACUUAACCUGCGCUCUGCACUCUUUUACAUUUUGUUGUUUUUCUCCCUCCCUGUUUUUUAUUUUUUAAUUUAUAUUACUCAAAGGAUCUGGAAUUCCUGUGGAAAGUCAGCAUGGAAGGUUGCCAGAAGCUGGAGAAGACUUUUUGCUGCAUGUAUUGACUUCGAAGAAAUUAUCCGUGGGAAAAAAAAUAGCUCAAAUCAUGCGCAAUUGUAGAUUUCUUAUUGCGAGAAGAAGGAAAUAAUAUUUACAUUCUUGGUUUGUACACACACAAAGUAGGCUGUUUACUUUGGUGAGUGUGAACUUGAGGCUCAAUUUGUGGUUGGUCAUUUUCUUGAACAGUUAUGGCUUAAAGCAAUAUUCCCUUUAAUUAGAGUAUGCCAUGUUUGAAUUGAGUGAUCAUGUGAUGACACUUUCAGUUGUUUGCCUUGUCUAUAAGUAAGAUGUAUAAAAUUCAAAAGUAUUAAUAAAAUGAAAAUGUUGCCAUCUUUCUUAAGAAAAAAAAAUGAAUUUGUUUAAAUGACUGGCAAAAAUGAAAGAUUUCUUUUACAGUCUUGUUUUUUACAAAUAUGUGUGUUUUAAUUUAUUGUAGUAUUAUUCACUUGUUCCAGCUAAUACUUUUAGUUUAUUAAUUGACCAUGAUCGAUAAGUUCACUGAUUUAAGUCAAAACUAUCAAUCACAUGUGAUAAUAUACUAAUAUUAAUGAAGUGCAGGAUAUAAACUUAAAAGCCUUUUAAUUUCUGUUAGACAUACUCAUACCUUGCAUCCCAAUGAUAUAUUUUUUUUUUCAACUUUUCUUUGCAUUUUUAUCUGUUUUAAUGCUAAGUCACCUACCUGUAUGUGAGUCGGAUACUUAAAUCAGUUUUUUUAAAAGAAACCAGUUAAAACUGGUUAGAAUCUUGUUUGUUGUGAUUUUUUAUUAUUAUCAACAGAUAGACAAAAUAUUUGGUUACAUUUGAUAUUUCUUUUUACAUCUACCAGAAAUACUGUGAUGCUAACAGCUAAACUUGUUUAAAAGUGAAUCAUUUUUUUUAGCUUUACUGUAAACACUUUUUGUAAAAGAGAUAUAAUGUAUGAAGUCUUUUUUUUUAAUAUCUAAAAUAGUUUCAUUUGUAUAGUUUGCAUUCCAUGUGGUUUUUGCUUUGUAUUACUAUGCUUGUUUCCUGAAUGGGAAAUUUUCGUAUGUUUUUCAAAUGUAUAAAUUUGACCCUUGCUUCUUUUGCUAUCCCAUUUAAAUUCAUGUUUAGUUUGGAGUUUGGCACAUGAGUAUGAAUAAAAAUUGAUUCCAGGUUUUCA